AUGAGUAUCAAGCAGCAAAAGGAUGAAACUUUAAGAGCCUACAUAUCCCGCUUCAAUAAGGAGGCACUCUCGAUCGACAAAGCCGACAAUAAGAUACUUGUCGCAGCGUUCACGAAUGGGCUGAAGAAGGGUAAGUUUUUGAUCUCCCUGUAUAAAAACGACCCAAAGACCAUGUCGGAAGUACUUUACCGGGCCACAAAGUAUAUGAACGCCGAAGACGCGAUGUUGGCGCGAGAUGAGAGGCCAAAGAAAAGAGAGAGGCAGGAAGACACUCGGCAGGACCAAGGCCGAAAGAAAGCAAGGACGGGAGACCAAAGGGAUGAGAGGCGCCCUAAGCCCCUAGGGGGAAGAUUCACGAACUUCACUCCGUUGACAGCACCAAUAGAUCAAGUCCUUAUGCAAAUCAAGGACGAGGAGGCUCUGACGUUCCCGGGAAAGCUGAAGAGCGAUCCCAACAAACGUUCUAGGGAUAAACAAGAAAAACUGCAGAAGUUCGUUAGCAACAAGAAAACGGAUCCACCCCCACAAGACCAACACCCCCGACAGGAUAAUGAGCAACCGAGGCCCCCGAUAGGGGACAUAAGGAUGAUCGUAGGAGGAACGGCUGUCGCCGGGUCAUCCAAAAAAACUCGCAAAACCUACCUUCGAAUGGUACAAAAUGUUCAACUGACGGGAGUUAUGCCGAAAAUAGCACGAAGAGAAGGCCCCAUAAUCGGGUUCUCAGAAAAGGAUGCACGACGCCUUCACCAUCCACAUGACGAUGCGCUCGUCGUCAGCUUACGGGUAGAAGACUACAACAUGCACCGAGUGUUGGUCGACAACGGCAGUUCAGCAGAUAUUUUAUACUACUCGGCAUUCCAGCAAAUGAGGAUCGACAGGGAGCGAUUGAUUCUGACAAAUGCCCCGCUCGUGGGCUUCAGAGGGAGCCGGGUAUUCCCCCUGGGCGCGGUCACAUUGUCCGAAAUGGUAGGCGAUUACCCUCAGCAGAUAACCAAGAACAUAACAUUCUUGGUGGUCGAUUACUCGUCUGCCUACAAUGCUAUCCUCGGAAGACCCACGCUCAAUUCAUGGAAGGCAGUAACUUCAACCUACCAUCUAAUGAUUAAGUUUCCUACUGACUACGGAGUAAGGGAGCUGCGCAGAAGUCAGAUGGCUGCGCGUGAAUGCUACGUAGCCAUGAUGGAAAUGGAAGAUCAGGUUCAGGCUUUGAGUAUAGAAGAGCACCGGACGGUAAUGGAGCCAGUAGAGAAGCUAGAAGAGAUACCCCUUGGCAGUUCCAACCCUGGCCGAACGACCAAAAUUGGAACACUCGCUAACCCCGCAAUCCGUCAAGAGCUCAUAACCUUCCUCAGAGGCAAUCGGGACGUCUUUGCCUAG